AUGCUAUCCAACAAGUUCCUUAUCAUGAGCUUUGCGCUCUUUGCUGUGAUCUUUGCGGUGUCUGCCGAAAGUAGCGAGGAGAAAAUCAGCGACCGUCGUUUCCGCUGGGAAGGCUCCAACGAUCAGCAGGAGGAGGCUGACGAGGAAGACGGUGCGGACGGUGAUAUUGAAGCCGAUGAAGAUGGCGAUGAUGCGGCACAAGAUGAUGAUACAGAUGAUGAUGAGAUUGUAUUGGAAGAAAUUGCAGAGUCCGACAACGACAGCUCCCAGAAUGAUGCAUAA